UCCAAACGUUUUCCUUUUUUUAAUUCUCUCUCCGCUCCGCGUCCGUGAAUGAACGAGCCUCUUUAACAUAUUCAGACCAACGUCAUGCUGAAGGUGGAUCGUGCCGUGCAGCCUUUUCUAUAAAAUCCCCCGCAGCCCGCUCACUGUGGAGGGAAUAGUCACCGGUUUGGCAGAGAAGGCGAGAAAGAAGCGAAUUUUAAAAAGCGCUGGGAUUUUUCUCACUGCUGACGGGAAACUGAUUGGAGAGUUUACGUUCGAGAAGAAGAACGAGGAGAAACUAAACGGAGAAGAUUUGCGCACGGCCGCCCCACAGAGUGUUGAUCGGGCGCCUUUACGCACAGGCACAGGUGGAUGCUGGGAAGCGAACCAGGUUGGAGGAGAUGUUACCCCUGGCCCAGUUUGGGGUGCUGUCGGCCCUGGCCACCGCGCUCACCUCUGUCCUGUCCGCGCUAUUGCUGCUGGCGCUGACCCAGCAGCUGUGGAGCCUCCGCUGGAGCCUGACCCGGGACAAAGAGAGCAGCCUGCCGCUGCCGAAGGGCUCCAUGGGCUGGCCGCUGGUCGGAGAGACUUUCCACUGGCUUUUCCAGGGCUCCAACUUCCACAUCUCGCGCAGAGAGCGUCAUGGCAACGUGUUUAAGACCCACCUCCUGGGGAAGCCUGUCAUCCGGGUGACGGGCGCAGAAAACAUCCGCAAGAUCCUGCUGGGCGAGCACAGCCUGGUGUGCACCCAGUGGCCCCAGAGCACCCGCAUCAUCCUGGGACCCAACACCCUGGUCAACUCCAUCGGAGACUUGCACAAGAAGAAGAGAAAAAUCCUGGCUAAAGUGUUUAGCCGGGGGGCUCUGGAGUCCUACCUGCCCCGGCUGCAGGACGUCAUCAAGUCUGAAAUCGCAAAGUGGUGCUCAGAGCCGGGUACCGUAGAAGUUUACAGUGCUGCCAGAUCCCUGACGUUCCGUAUCGCCGUCAGGGUCCUGCUGGGUCUGCAGAUGGAGGAGGAGCGGAUAGUUUACCUGGCCCAAAUCUUUGAGCAGCUGAUGAACAACCUCUUCUCGCUGCCCAUAGAUGCUCCGCUUAGUGGGCUACGCAAGGGCAUUAAAGCCAGAGAAAUCCUGCACACCAGCAUGGAGAAAAUCAUUGAGGAAAAGAUGGAGCGGCAGCAGGCGGAUGAGGAAUAUCAUGACGCCUUUGAUUACAUGCUUUCCAGUUCCAAGGAGCACGGCCAUCAGCUCAGCGUCCAGGAGCUCAAGGAAACAGCAGUAGAGUUGAUCUUCGCCGCUCACUCCACCACAGCCAGCGCCUCCACGUCACUGAUUCUCCAGCUUCUUUGCCAUCCAGCGGUGACGGAGAGGGCCAGAAUUGAGCUGGAUGCCGAGGGACUUGGCUACGAAUCCCACAGAAGUCACGUCCCAAUUGGGGUCACCAUGGAGAAAGAGGAGGAUGCCGCAAACACAGAGACAACCUGCCUGCUGAACGGAGGCUGUCAGAAUCACCAGAAUCACAGUGACGGUUUUCCUCAGUCCCAGUCUCAUAUACCGUAUCUGAGCCUGGACAAGCUGAGCCAGCUCCGGUACGUCGACUGUGUCAUCAAAGAGGUCCUCCGCUUCCUACCACCAGUCUCCGGUGGUUACCGGACAGCCCUGCAGACAUUUGAAUUAGACGGCUACCAGAUCCCCAAAGGCUGGAGUGUAAUGUACAGCAUCCGGGACACCCAUGAGACCGCUGCUGUCUUCCAGAGCCCGGAGCUGUUUGACCCAGACCGCUUUGGCCCAGACCGGGAGGAGAGUCGGUCUGCUCGGUUCAGCUACGUGCCGUUCGGCGGUGGUGUGCGGAGCUGUGUGGGGAAAGAACUGGCACAGAUCAUCCUAAAGACUCUGGCUGUGGAGCUGAUCGAGACUUGCAAAUGGACUCUGGCCACAGAGAACUUUCCCAAGAUGCAGACAGUGCCAAUAGUGCACCCGGUAAAUGGACUGCAUGUGCAUUUCACAUACAACUACCCACUUUAGAGACAAAUACAGACAAAAAAACUCACCUAAGAGACAAUUUAACCUUCAGUCUGCUUCUGGAAAAACUCUGCAAGCCCAAGAGGGGAGACAACCACCUCACCAGGCCUGAUGGUGCAGUUCAGACACCCUCUUUGUUUCCAAGGACAUGAAGAAGGGGUUUACAUUGCUGGUUUGGAGCACUUCAUCUCUUCAGUGGUUCAGUCAAAAUCUAAGAAACCGCUUUGUGUUGCAGCACAAUUGCAAUUUUAACCACCCGGUAUGCUCACCUGCAGCGUUUUUAUCGUUUUCGUUAACAUGCAUUUGUAAGUUAUUAAUGUAUGGAAGGGGCAGUGCACAUCAGUGAGAAAACUAUGAAGCUUUUGCUUAUUUUCAAACAAGAUCUAGGUUUGCUCUGGGUUUGAAAUGCCCUUUGAAUGGACUGCAUGUACACUUCAGAGUGGUUUAGGUACAGUAAAAUCCACUCACCUUCAGCAAUUUAAUAUAUUGAUGCCUCUUGUAGUCCGUAAAUGCACAUUAACUUAUUGAAAUGUCAACAUAGAGUAUGGUGCAACAAUGAGAGUGGGCUCUACAAUACUUAUCUUGUCCAGCUGGAGAAGCCCGACUGGACCCGCAUACAAUAAGUGCCUAGUGAACACACGUAAGGCCUUUCCAUGAAGCCAUCUUAGCUCCAGGUCCAGGGACAAACAUGCAAUGCAAAACUGCCAGCAAUGCUUUGGACCAUUUUGUUGUGAUACACACUUCUGCAGUGGUUUAUAGUUGAUAAAAUCCACUCAGUUUUGGUGCUUUGUACCUCUUUUACAUCAGUGUGUAUCAGUAAAGACAUCUAUGUAUCUUCACUGUGCUGAAUGAGCAAGUAUUUCACUUCUUACAUUUACAAAACGUUUAAGAUUCACAGACAGCCUUUCAGAAAACUCACAAAAAAACAAUUCUUUGUUUUUUUGUCUUUCAAUCCUUCAAUUGUCUCCAUUUGCCUCUUAUAACCAGCGUUUGCCUUUCUGAACUCCCUGUGAGCAAGCCACUGGAGGCCUGCCAGCUCCAUGGAAAUGUUGCAUGUGGAAAAACAGAAAGAUAAAUGUUCUUUAAUCAAUCUGAAAAUAAUGUGACAAUUCUCAUUAGAACUUGAUUAAGGCCAGAAAUGCAGUGAAAAGAUCUGCUAUAGAAACAAUUUUGGAAAAUAUUUAAAGACCCAUGUUAGACACAGCAGACACUGAUCUCACAUCUAGUUAUCUCAGUUUUAAUGUUUUGCAAUGAUCUCCACCGCAAAAAACACUUUUACUGAUGAACUUGCACUUGAUUUUGACACAGAAAUCCCAACAACCAAAAACUUCAUGAACUUCAAUGUCAAAAUACAUUCAAACUGUUCUGUUUUUAAAAAAAAUAUGAAUGUAAUAUAUAUAUAUAUAUAUCCAUAUUAUGUUGUGUGUAUCAAAUGAAGUAGCAUUAUGAAUAAGCUGUAUUUAAAAUGCAGAUGUAUCACUUCUGUUGAAACUUUACUCUCUCUGUAACAAUAUUUGCUGUUAUGAAUAGACACUAACCUGUAAUGUUAAGGCCACUCCAUAAAACCUUGUUUCACUGCUAGAACAUAGAAAUAUUUUGUUGUUUAGAGCAGCAUAUAUUGAGAGUAAUGUUAUUAUUAUUAUAUUAUUAUUAUUGUUGUUGUUAUCAUUGGUCUACUUUAAGGACUGUUUCUGUGUUGGUCUCGAAGCCUAGUAGACGCGCUGUGAAAUCUUAUGUACGGAUGGAUUUGUGGAAGGAGAUAGCACUUUCUCCACUUUAAGGAGUCUGUAUAUAUUUGUCCUGUUUAUGCAUUCAUUGUGUGUAUCAGAUGUAGCUGCUGUACAGUUGAUGUAAAAAGUAAAUUAGAAGAUGA